AUGUCGAGUGAGGACAAAACCAAAUAUGAAAUUGUAGAUACAGAAGGAUCUAUUGAAAACGAUGAACCUGAGCUGAGCAAUGUGGAAAAUAGGAGAGAUAUAACUUCUCAAGCUGAAGCAAGGUUUUCAAAACCAAGAACGCAAUCAUCAAACGACAAUUCAAGAUUUUCUCAAAUGACCGUAACACCUAAUGUUAGAAAUGAAACACCUAGGAGAGAGCCGCUGUCAUCUAUUCAAAAUCGUUUUAAUAAUCCAAUCCAGUCUGUAUCGUACACCACCGCAAAUGACUUGUCUGAAAAUCUUGAAUAUAUUCCUCAACCAUCGACAUCACAGCUCUCAAAUGUAGUAUCUUAUACACCAACACCUGUGCAUCGGGAUUACGUUUUAAUCACAUCUCCAGAAAAUGAUACCUGCGACACUUUAUUCAGUCUUGGCGAUGGCGAUGAAGAAAAUUAA